CCACCUUAUUUGGGACCGGAUAAAAUUAAACGGGCCGAUAAUUUUGCUGCAAAAAACAACAACUAUAAAAUUAAUAGAUUUCUGACUUCUUUUUAAAUUGAUUAUUACUCCUUCAAUAAUGUUCAUGUGUCUCUAAACAUUAAAGGAGGAGAACAAUAAAAACGUCAAGAACCAAAGAGAAGAGAGGAGAAGAGUCGAGAGAAGAGUGAGAGGGGAGCGAGGGAGGGAGAUCAAUAUGGUGAGUUCUUGUUUGAAGAUCAUUGCUUGUGGUAGUGAUUCUCCGACUGCUGAUAAAGAUGAAGAACACGGACGAAUUGAGAAUAAAGUUUCACCGGACAAGCGAGGCUGGAGUUUCCGGAAGAAAUCAACAAGCCAAAGAGGGAUAAAUAACAAUACAGUUCCAGACACCAAAUCCAAUCUAAAUAAAGAAUUUCUGGAACCUGUUAAUUUCGAUUAUCAAGCUCAGAAGCCAGCUGUUAGUGAGAAAAUUUCAGUGCUAAAAUGGCCAGAAGAGGUUAUUCCUUUAUCAACUGAAGUCAGUAAGCUCGAUGUUCCCGAGAAAAUUCCUGUAUCGGAAUUGCCCGAUGAGGUAACUCCACUAUCAACUGAAGUGAGCAAGUCUGCUGCUGUUCCUGAGGAGUUUGCUGCAUUGCAAUUGCCUGAUGAUGUGAUUCCAUUGCCAACUGAACUGAGCAACUCUGCUGCUGUUCCUAAUGAGGUGACUGCAUUGCAAUUUCAUGACGAAGCGAUCAAGCUCGACACUACCGAGAAGAUCUCUGCUGCACAACUGCCAGAUGAGGUGACUCCACUCUCAACUGAUGUCAAUAUGCUGGACGUUUCAAGCAAACUCACUGCAUUGUCAGAUGAUCAGGAGAAUCUAUUGCCAGCUGAAGUGAACUCUAAUACACCUGAAGCUGUGGAAAAUGCUGAGACUGACCCAGUUUUUCUUAAUGAAGAUUCCAAUGCAAUUGGUUCAUCUGCUAUGCUGGUAAAUUUUAUCAAGGUUGAUCUCAACAACCUGGAGGAACCUGUUGCGGUUGUCCUCCAAUCUGCCAUCAGAGGAUACCUGGCACAAAGAACAUUUCUGAAGCUUAAGAAUGUGGUUAAGUUGCAAGCAGCUGUACGUGGGCUUUUGUGCAGGAGGCAGGCUGUGGGUAGUCUACUUUGUGUCCAAGCCAUUGUCAAAAUGCAGGCUCUCGUUCGUGCUCGCCGUGCUCGAGCCAUAGAGGGGUCAGUUAUUGAAGAACAGCUUCAAGAUAUGCAGGAGAAAUGUUCCGAAACAACCAUGAUAGAAGAAAAAUCAGGAACCAAAGCAAAGACAAAUUAUUCUUAUACCCAUAAAUUGCUUUACAAUGGUUUUGCUCGUCAGUUGUUGGAAUCAACACCAAAGAAAAAGCAGAUUCGCAUCAAAUGUGAUUCCUCAAGACCUGAUUCUUCGUGGAAAUGGUUCGAUAGGUGGACGACUGUCUCCUCUUCAAAAUAUACACAGCCACAGUUUAGUUUAGAUAAUGAGGAACAAGGAGAAAGGACCGGGACCAAUUUUUCGGAAGUGGGAGCUCAAAUUCCAGAUGAAAAUAUCCACGAGUCAGCAGAUUUGAUGUUUGUAACCAAAGAAACAACAAGCCCCAUCGACGCUGAAGAGAAUCUGAUCAAUCAUCAAGCAGAUGGUUUUGAUUUCCAGGUUCCUCAUUUAUCAAGCAGAGAGCCCGAGAUUUCUUUAAAAAUGGAUACAAAUGAAACAGAGAUGCAAACAGAUGCUGCUUCUCAAACUAUGUCCAGUUCCAUCUUCUAUGAUCCCGAGACAGAUUGUGAACAACAAAACUCUUCUGCUAGAAAUGUUGAAUCCGAACAAGUAGAGACUGAGGACAAGAAGCUGUUUGGAUCCAGAAAGGCAUGUAAUCCUGCAUUUAUUGCCGCCAAAUCAAAAUUUGAAGAUUUGAGUUUAAGAACCAUCUCUGGUAGGUCAAUUAAUCAAGAUAAUGGACUAGACAUGGACAACCCAUCUUUUCCAACAAAUACUGCGGCAAUGUCCAAGGAACAAUGUACAUCAGAAAAUUCAAUCUCUUAUGAUCCAAAAAUAUAUGCCUGGGGUUCUGAAUGUGGCACCGAUCUUUCAAUUUCCUCUACUCUUGAUUCACCAGAUAGAUUUGCUAACGGAGGUGGAGAGUUUGACUGCGUAAACAAAGUUUUGGAGAAGGUUGAUAAUCUGAACGGGAUUACACAUGUCACAUCUAAUCUCGACGAUCUCGAGAUCGAAGUCAAGAAUGGCGUCAACUCAGAGCCUGUCACACCUACUCCCGUCUCCACUAUUUUGCACGGGAAGGAAGAAGAUGCUGAUAUAGAAACUGUUGUGGAUUCAGUUACUGAAAACCCUAGCACCAAGGACCCAAAGGCAGAGAGAACUGAAUCAGAUGUGCAAACCCAACUGGAAGCUGCAAAAAGUGAUGAACUGCAUCGAAGAUCUGUAGAUGGACCUCCUGGAAACAAUAUAAUUGCCUCCGAGUUGAAUGGAACACCAACAAGUAAGACAACAUUGAAACCCAGAAAGAAAGAAGUCCAGAAGCCAGAAAGUAUAGAAUUGGACGUGCAGACCCAACUAGAAACUACGAGUGACGAACCACACCGAUCAUCUCUAGAUGGAUCUCCUGGAAACAAUACAGCUGCAUCUGAAUUGACUGGAACACCAAGAAGUAAGGGAACUCUGAAACCCAAAAGGAAAAAAGUUGAUCGAAACGGAUCCCCCAGAACAAAAAAAUCCGUACCAGCAGCAGUCAAGAAGUCCCCGGCAAAAGCUAGCCCGGAUUCAGGUGCUAGGAGUAGUACAGAGCAAAUGCAGAAAGAUCCAAAAAGUGGGAAAAAACGUAGCUCACUUGGUCCCGAACGUCCUGAGCAUGUGGAGUUGGAGCCGAGAGUCGGCAUUAGUAGCAGCAACGCCCUCCCGAGUUACAUGCAAGCUACACAGUCUGCAAUAGCCAAGGCCCACGUGAACAACUCCCCGAGGUCCAGACCUGAUGUACAAGACAAGGAUGUUUACAUCAAAAAGAGACAUUCCUUACCUGCAAAUGGAAAACAAGGCUCUCCCCGUGUUGAUCCGUCAACGUCGCAGAGAAAUCUGGGUGCUAACGGAAGCCAUACAAGAUCUCCUUGAGUGAUGAUGUCGAAGUUGAUUUCAAACUGGUAUGGUGUUAUUCUUACACAUGGUGAUAUUCAACUUCAACUGGCUGUACCUAGGAGCAUAUGCACUCAAGGAUGGUUGAGCUUUCCGACAAAUACUACUACAGAAUACGAGGAUUUACUCUGGUUCAUUGUCAAAAUUCGCCUACUACUGAGCAAUUGAAGUCGGUCAAUGUUUAAAGAGAUCUGAUGAUUGCAUGUACAUUAUAUGGUACUUGAAAACUCCUUUUGUUGAGGUUUCUUUCAUGUAUCCGUUCUUAUAGUUUUUCUUUGUGUGAUUCUUGUUAUGCUUUAGAUGAAAGGAGUAAGUUUCGCUGCAGUUAGAUGGACAGGUAUAGGAAGUUUAUCAAGGUUGUGGUUAUAAGUAAUUAAAAUGUAAAUCUUGACAAUUGCUCAUUUGGGGUUUGAGUUCAGAACAUUUUGUGUUUUCACUUGAUCGCAAUUGAUGGAUGCAACAAUAGUUUCAAAUCA